ACCAGCUCCUCUUGAGUCAGAGGAACAGAAUAAAAAGCAAACGGAUUUGUGGACUAUCCGAGCUUCCGUAGGCAGCAGGAGCAAAGGGACCUGCUCGCAGCCACAGCCUGAGAGCAUCCUUUCUCUUUGCUUUCUUGUCACCCUCACUAAAACACAGCGGGAUGACGGAAAAUCAUGAGGAUAGCGUCUCUCUACUCUCCGGUUUGUGGUAGAAUAUCGUUGCCGGUUAUGUUAGCCGCUCGGCUAGCGUAACAUGAGGCUUUCUUCCUGAUGAAGAGCAGACAUAAUAGCCUGUCUGUGGAUACGAAAAGAAUAUAGUUAUCCUCAGCAGAGUCGAGCUGAACUGAGCCUCUACCUUUUAGUGUUUUUUUUAGACGUUUGAUACAACCUUUUUGGCUGUUAAAUGCCUUUGACAGUUUUUAUUUACGUGUUUUUUCUCGGAUGAUGUGACUAAAAUCACUGGUGCUCCAGCAAAGAAGAUGCAGAGAUAGAAGUGUCCGCCUGACAACAUCAAGGUGCCUGAGACUUUCCUGAUUUAAGACUACGGACAAACAGGGUCGUGUUUUGGAGACCACUGAACUGCAAACCUGACUGAUCUGAUGCCAUAAGGAGAGGACGUCUCGACUGAAAUGUCAGCGGACCCUCUACUCAACAAACCAAUGAAUGUUUCUCAGCAGCAGCCAGCUGCGUGCCAUCCCUGGGAUCACUUAUUGCUUGGAGGUUUUGAGCGUUAGUUCUAAGACUGAUUGGACUAUUAUUUAACCCUGGGAUACCAUAUGGCUGCAGCAGCAACAUUACACAGGGAUAGUGUAUAACUCAACAUAUGAUCACAUGUCCAUUUCAGCUAUGUCCUAUCUACAUCGAGGCCUUAUGUUUUAGGUUACACUGAACUUGUCAUUACUACACAUUUACCAUAUUUAUAAUAAAAGAUUAAUAGUCCUGGAAUGAAGGACUUCCUAGGAUCAAGACUCAUGAAAACAUUUUAGUUCUUGUCAUGCAGGGAACCUGGGUAAACCCAAAACAAGCUGACAACUCAGACUUUAGGUGGAGCUGAGGGUGUAGCCUCCCUGUUUUCAUUGAUGAUUCCAUGACCCCUGCACAAGUCAAAUAGUCAGGUAUCAGCCAAUUACAUGGUCUUCACACAGAUCUAACAGCAGCUGAUAUUGCCCACAUGGCCGCUGGUAUGAGCGCAUGCCCUUAACCGCGCCACGCCUGGGUUGUCGUGGCUGGCCGUCACGGGACGGUCACCUUCCUCGGCCAUGACCCGGCUGAUGCUGGGCCGGACUCUGGAGCGCAUCUGCAAAGGCGUCCUGCUGCUCUGCCUGCUCCACUUCCUCAUCAUGAUGAUCCUGUACUUUGACGUCUACUCGCAGCGAUUCGACCUCUUCAGCCGCUUCAACAACGGACGCAACGGAUCCAGGAAUAACGUCAGUGGGGCGGCAGGAAGUGGACAUCAUUAUUACUACUACAACCUUUCCAGGCCGAAUGCGACACUAGCCAGCUACCUGGCCACGGGGGAACAGCUGGUGCCAAGCGUGCAGCCAGAGACCAAUCAGACGCCUUCCCCCAAGCCGCUGCCGCCGUGCCCUGAGAACCCGCCUGGCCUGGUUGGGCGUUUGUUGAUCGAGUUCAGCUCCCAGAUGACGAUGGAACGAGUGCAGAAAGAGAACCCCAACGUGACAGAGGGAGGCCGCUACACCCCUCCCGACUGUCGGCCUAGAUGGAAGGUGGCCAUCAUUAUCCCAUUCCGUCACAGAGAAAACCACCUGAAGUACUGGCUCCACUACCUCCACCCUAUCCUUAGACGGCAGAGGAUUGACUACGGCAUCUACAUCAUCAACCAGCUGGGUGAGGACACUUUUAACCGUGCCAAGCUGUUGAACGUUGGCUACACGGAGGCUCUGAAGGACGCAGAGUACGACUGUUUCAUCUUUAGUGACGUGGACCUGAUCCCAAUGGACGACCGCAACCUCUACCACUGCUACGACCAGCCCAGACACUUCGCCAUCGCCAUGGACAAAUUUGGUUUCAGGCUGCCGUAUGCAGGCUACUUCGGAGGAGUUUCAGGCCUCAGUAAAAAACAGUUUCUGAAGAUCAACGGCUUUCCCAACGAGUACUGGGGCUGGGGAGGGGAGGAUGACGACAUCUACAACAGGAUCACUCUGAAUGGGAUGAAGGUGUCCAGGCCAGACGUUCGCAUCGGCCGCUACAGAAUGAUUAAACACGAGAGAGACAAACACAACGAGCCCAACCCACAGAGAUUCAAUAAAAUACAGAACACAAAGAACACAAUGAAGAAGGACGGCAUCAGCUCUCUGACCUACAGAGUGGUUCAGGUCAAGAGGUAUCCUCUGUACACAAAUAUCUCUGUGGAGAUCGGCAAGCCACCACCCAGGCCUAUCAAGGGCUAGGGAGAGACAGAGAGGAAGACAAGGUGGAUGAUGCACAUUGGCUGGAGGAAAAAGAUUGGAAGAGGGGAGUUUAAAUGAAGAACAAAAAGAGAAAGUAUACCUGGAAAGAUGCUGGAGGAAUUGGAAGGGUGAGGGGGGAAAGUAGUCACAAGCACAUCACUGUCUCUUUCUCUCUCUUUACUCCCCCUCUCUCUGUUUUUUUUGAGAUCUCAGCUUGCCAUUUCUGUAUCAAGGACUCAGGCUCUUUCCACUUACAAUUUUUUUUUCAAGCAGCCAAUGGCUUCACACCUCCUACCUUUACCAAUCAGUGACUUCAGAAUCAGAGUGCGGACCAAAAGCUUGAGUAUCGGUGGCUGAGAGAAGGUUGCUGGCAUCAAGCUUGGACUUGGAGUCUGUCCAUUAACAAUCCUUUGUAAACUGGAGGGCAUCCAAUGGCAUAUCAACAGAGGACACUGACAGGAGCUAUUGUUGGGUGAUUGAAAGAUGAGACAAUAAUAUCACACUUUUUCUGGAAAUGGUGGACAGCAUCCAGAAUGGAAUAUUUGGAAUAUUUUGAUCAAGGUGAUAUAAACCAAUGACUCUAACCAGAAGAAAAAUUGGAUGUUUACAUGGAUACAAAGACAUUUUGAGAGAAUGACGGAUACUAGAUGGACUAUAUGCCUGUUGGGAAAGGAAGUAUCAGGAAAACCCAGUGGAUAACAGACCUAACAAAGGCCAUCAAAGAAUUAACUUCCCAAGCAUUUACAGUGAUGGCCAAUAGAGUGAGGACUGCCGCUGGAGGCAAGCUGUAACAUUACCAUAAUAUAAUGACAUGCAGUGUUGAUCCAUGGAACUGUAUCAGAUGGUUUGCAUAUCAGAGAUAUCGGCUGACUCUUAUCUUGACAUGUGACGCUAACAGACAAUUUAAUAUUGACAUUUUUCGUCAGGGAGUCACCUGUUUGGAUCUAAUUACUCAAUCAAAUCCUCCACUAUCAAUUAAUGAAUGUGUAUUGUGCCUGCAUCUACAGCAGAAGAAUCAAAAUAGUGCUGGGACACGCUGAUAAAACAUGUUCGUCAGCAGCAACAAACACCUGAGAACUCUCUUUUUGUUCUCCUUUUUUUAUAUAUAUAUAUAUAUAAACUCAAACUUCGGAAACGGACACUGACUUAUUGGACGUUUUGCAACAAAAGUGAACAGAUUGAAGAUAUGGAAAGUUUUUCUUUUGUGCUGAAUGCAAUUUGGUGGAACUACCGUGGGAAUGCAUUUUGAAAUCAAAUCGAGGAAACGGAGAUGACAGGGCAGAUAUAUACCGACAGCUCAGUUAUGAUUUUAACCCCUUGUGGCAUAUAUUGAAAAUUAGGUUUCAAGAAACUUUGUUUUCUCACUCAACUGGAAGAAAAAGAAAAGUUUAUUAUGGUAAUCUGUGCUUUAAAGGUGCAUUUUAGUCUCUUCAAGUGUUUUGAGGUGCAUUAAUAUUCCUUAAAGUACAGAUUUAACUGAGUAGGAAUUUACUUUACCAUAUUUUCUGAACAUAUGUGGUGCAAAUAUCAGAAACGAGAUGUCAGAAUAGAGUUGUGUCUCGUGUUUUCCAGGAAAAAGCAUUGUGAUUCUUGUAACUUUUACAUCGGCUCCACUGACAUGAAUAUCUGAAACAUAAUCAGUUUUUAAAGUCUUUUUUUUUUUAGCCUACAAUGUAACCUGGAAGUCAGAUUUCUUUUUUUAAAAAAAACAUUCUAUCAAUACUAUUGCUAUGCCAUUUUCUCUCUCUGCUAUCUUUUUCUUUCAGUCUUUAAGAAAAAGAGUGUCAUAUCUGGAAAGAGGAAAUUAUAAGAUUCUGCUGGUGGAAACAUUGAAUUUUUAAAGCAGUAAUGAAAAGUUAUUGUUUGAACAGUUUGACUGACAUCUUCAUCGCUCAUUCAGAUUUUAUCAUCAUCAGCUGUCAGCUCUGUAUCGUGGCCACAUUUCAGAAAUGCGUGGCUAAAAGAAUCAAACUUUUACAGUUACAUUUUUUUCUAUUGAAACUGUUUUAAGUUUAAAUAUUUUUGUCAUAUCUUUCCCUGUGUGGCAAAAUAUUGUUUCAUGAUUUCCUACACCAACAUAUUGAAGCCUUUGACUAUUUUGUGCUUCAAUGCGUCGCUCUCGCCCCUUUGUUUUAUAUUUCCCUUGUCACUACUGUUGAUGCUGAUAUUGUUGACGCCUAAACACCAAACUGAUGCCUUCAGAAGUUACAGGGAUGGUUGUUUGUAAUUCUUUUUGGGGUAAUAUCACUUAAAGAAAAUGUGUGUUUUAAGAUUGCUUCAGUUAAAAAGUGGGGGGGGACAUAUUUAUACAGAAGGUAUGAUUGAAUAUCUCUUCAACACACGCUUAAAAACAUGCACAGUUACAUUCACAUUCACACUGUCUUCUCUUAUUUUUUGCAUUAUCUCCUUUUUCGUUGCCUUUUCUUUCCUCCUGUGCCAGUCCAGGCUGUAUGUGUCAAUGGCACACUGUUGUGCUUUGUGGUGGGCCCACUCAAGGUACAGCUGUGUCUCACAAGAGUGCGUCCUCUUUCAAUAGAUAUUGACAGGGCCUCUCUUUGUGUCUCUGAAUCCGUGCCACUCAAUGUAUCUUUAUUUUUCUCUCUUUUCUCUCCCUCUUUGUGUUUAUCCCCAUUUCUGUUUUCCUCCUUUUCUCACUCCUUCCCCCACUUCCUCAGACUCUCCUUUUCACCCCCCGUCUUUUCUGUAUUUUGAUCCUUUUUUUGUCAGAGUGCAGUACUCUCCUGGUGAGUCUCAGUGUCCUCAGUAGACAGACUACACACUGGGAGAAGUCAAUACAAUCCCCUCUCUAUACUGUUUACAGCUCACACUGUGCAAUAUCAGAAAUUCAUUCACCUCUACCCCAUAUCCCCACAAAGUCUGUGUUUUACUACAAUUUUCGGUGAUAAUAUUUUAUGGGAUAUUUGUUUGUAAUCCAGUCAUUAUUUUCUGAUUUAUGUCCAAAUAGAUUUCCUCAUCUUUUUCCUCUAAUUCACCUGUUGAUUUGAAGUCCUAGAUACAAUCACAGCUAUUGCUUUGAUUUUCCCAUUCUUACAGUGUUAAAGGGGCAGACAAGUGAAUUCAUGUUUUGCCUCCAUAAAAUUGGGAGGCUUUUGAAGAUAGAUUUUAAAAAGAAUGGUUACAAUUUGAGCAACAGAGGCUGAGACAUCCUGACUUUUAGUCAUGGUCAAGUUCCAACACAACACAGGAUACAACAUUUCCCAUACUGCAACUGGAUAGUGUCUCUCAUGUCAUGUAACUCCUGAACAAAUGAAAAAUGAAUAAACAACUGCGUUUGAAAAUAUCUGGUUCUUUCAUAAAAUGACAACCUGUUUACAUAAAAGUGACGGCGGACAAGAAACGUCCAGUCACCUCGUCUUACAGUUUUGCCAACAAUGACAAGCCGUUUUAUUUGCAAAGAAACAUCUUGAAUUUGAUGCUGCUCAGAUUCUCAGCUCUGACUGGCUUCUGCUCUCAAGUUAAAAUAAUUAAAACUGUUGCCCGUAACAAAAGCAUUAUCUGGAGGAGUCCUGUGUUACCAUGUUACAUAACAUUGAGGAUAUCAUUGAAAUGGAAAUGCAUUUGGUUCCUCCCACUUCCUAAAUACCGACUUCUUUCAAUCCCCACACCUCCAGUUUGUAACACAGACUUUCUGUUAAAAAUAAGCCCAAGCUGAGAUGACCCAUUUGGCAUUGUCAAGGUUAUUUUUUUUUCAUACUUUGGAAAACUCCUCCAGAGCCAUACAGGACAUUACACAGGUAAAACUCAGUGGAGUGCCCCUAGCUCAGGCUAUCAAGGCUACUCUAAUAGAUUACCCUUUAUGAAGUCAGUCACAUGAAGAAAGUAUAAACUGAGUAGUGACAGUCAGUGGGAAAAAAAAUGAAGGAUGUAGUAAGAGAGACAUGGGCCCAGUGUGUAUAAACAGUAACAUGGGUUAUAGAGGUAAUGGAAACUUCAGCAAAAAUAGUAUUUGAAAUGUUUCCUUUACUUGAGAAUAAGAAGAACCAUGAGGAUUGCUUGAUGUUUCAUAAUGGACUUUUGACUUUUGAAGCUGUUCCGGUUGUCAAGCACACCUCAGGUUGGUUAAGUAUUCGAAACGCUUUCUCAAAUAUGUUUUUUGCUCGUCUGCUGCAGAGAGCAGACAGGACUUUUCAGGCCUGUGGGCAUUUUUAAAAAUUUACUGUAUCUCUAGCUAUGUUUCUUUUUUUCUUUUGUACAUUGAAUGUUGAAAAUGUUAUAUCUUAUAUAGAAUGCAUUAUGUCAUAUCAAACCUACUUUUUCUAUACAAUCAAUAAAUCAGAUGUUAAAGAUUG